AUAACUGCGAGGACUGGACACUCACAUUGGAUAUCCCCAUCCCAGAAGACGUGGUCCGCCCGACUCUCACGUCUUUCUCAUAUACGGUCAAAUAUAGCACAGCGAAUGAUCACUUAGCUUCUGUCGUUCGAUCCAAUAUUAUGCUCGCAACAGCGGAAUCAGAGAAGCCGGACGAUGAAGAGACUAGCGAGGGUGCUGAUGCUGUGUGCCUUUCGUCCGUGCUAGGCAUCAAAGCUAAUCAGUUGGAUAACCAAUGGAACCACUUCGUAGAUCACCAUCACAUCCCUUUUAAUGUCCGCGUCGUCCCCGGCAGUCGUCUGUACUUGCAGAUUCACGUCUUGGAGUAUCCCACAGAAGCGAUACUGCGCUCUCUUUCGAUGGAUGUCUUUGCUACUUGGCUGGUUGACCAAGAAGAAAUGCGUCUGCUUCAGAAACGUCAAGCCAAGAUGCGAGCAGAUGAAGCGAAAGCAAAGGCAGCUGAGGAGGAACAAGCCAGGCUGGCGGCGGAGGCACAGAAGGCAGCCGAGGCGGAACAAGCUAGGCAGGCGGCAGAGGCGCAAAGGGCAGCUGAGGAGGAAAAAGCCAGGCAAGCAGCAGAGGCGCAGAAGGCGGCUGAUGAGGAACUAGCCAGGCAAGCAGCAGAAGCGCAGAAGGCGGCUGAUGAGGAACUAGCCAGGCAAGCAGCAGAAGCGCAGAAGGCGGCUGAUGAAGAACUAGCCAGGAAAGCAGCAGAGGCGCAAAAGGCGGCUGAUGACGAACAAGCCAGGCUAGCAGCAGAGGCGCAGAAUGCGGCUGAUGAACCGGAUGCAAAUGUGGGCAAACCCGCGGAUGAAGAGAUGCAGGAAAAGAUUCGAAAAGCGCUCGAGCGUCUUCCAGCGGAUCGCAAAUGUCCUGCAGGAUAUGCCUGGGUCCAAAAUUCGACCGGUUUCACGUGCGGGGGUGCACAUAGCAUUACUUGGGAGGAAUUGGAUGCACUGGCUGACUCGGGUGGCUUGGAUGGCUCGGAUGACGAUGGUACAGAAGAACUUUGAGUGACAGAUGCAAAGGCGGGAAAGAAUGCAGAAGACAUAGGAGCUUAGAAACUUUCAUGGUGUCCACCUAGCCCUCCCUCCCCCCUCUGA